AUGAAAUUUUUCAAAUUUUUCAUAUUUUUAUUCAGUAUUGUAACUUGUUACAGCGGAGAUCCAAUAGAAACAUAUUAUGGAACCAUUGUUGGAACAAAAAUUACAGUAUUAGGUGAAGAAAUGACAGAAUAUUUAGGAAUCCCAUAUUCACAAAUACCAAUGCAUUCUUGGAGGUUCCAACCGCCACAUGAAUUAAAUAAAGAUCAAUUUAAUGGAACUUAUUAUGCGGUUCAUCAAGGAAAAGGAUGCCCACAACAUACUAGAAUUAUGGGUUUUGAAGGAUAUGAUUCAUUAAAUCCAAAAGAAAUUGAUGAAAACUGUCUUAAAUUUAAUAUGUGGGUUCCAAAAGAUGAAGGAAAUAUGCCAGUUAUAGUUUUUUUCCAUGGUGGAAGUUGGACAGUAAGAACUGGUAGUAUUGAUAGAUUUAAUGGAUCUGUUCUUGCUUUAAAAACUAAGUCAAUAGUUGUUGUACCUAACUUUAGACUUGGAUUUUUUGGUUUUUCUUAUUUAAGUGGUGAAGAUGGAAUAUCUGGUAACAUGGGAUUAUUAGAUCAACAAAUGGUAU